AUGAUCGCCACAUGGAAUGCGGUGCUCAAUGAGACCGCAAGGCACUUUAGCAAGGCGCACCAGGGCACCACAGCCAUGGUGUUUGAUGCCUACUCCUGGCUGACAAAUGUUUUUGACCACGCCGCUGAUUUUGGCAUCACUAACACAACCUCCUUCUGCCCUGAGUAUGGAAACUGGGACAUCGAUACCAACUACGCCGCGUAUGUGCCCUCUAGCCCAACCCUGAUGGCAAGAGCUGACUGA